AAUAGCGCCAAAUUUGUUCAAAGUACCGCAAGUUGGAGUCACAGACGCUGCGUAAUUUGUGUUAAUUUUUGUGUUAAUAUUUCUACAAUCUCAGCUAUUAAAAUGAAAAUUGAAAAAACCGUACUUCGUUGGGCAAAAUUGAGUGAACACGCAUUCGAACCGGUGCGUGGUUCAGUUAAGGCUGCUGGUUUAGAUUUACGUAGCGCUUAUGAUGUUAAAGUGCCGGCACGUGGUAAAGCUUUAGUCAAAACCGAUAUACAAGUCCAAGUACCAGAAGGCUCUUAUGGACGUGUAGCACCACGUUCAGGUCUUGCUGUUAAAAAUUUUAUUGACGUUGGCGCUGGUGUCGUUGAUGAAGACUAUCGUGGUAACUUGGGUGUUGUACUUUUCAAUCAUUCUGAUGAUGACUUUGAAGUAAAACGCGGUGACCGUAUUGCUCAAUUUAUAUGCGAACGUAUAUUUUACCCGGAACUCGAACAAGCAGAGAAAUUAGAUGACACUGUACGUGGUGCUGGCGGAUUUGGUUCAACUGGUGUUAAAGAAAUACCAGAAAAAGAAAAUAGUGGCGUUGUUGCUAACUAAAAAUAAACGUCCCAAAAAGUAUUUAAAUAGCAUUCCGUUAUGUUUCUUGUUAUUGGUUUCGUUUUGUAUUUUCAUUUAUUUUAAAAUUUUUAUAUCAUUUUCAUCAGUUUAAUAUCUCAUUUCCAGUAAAGGAUAGCUUUAAUGAAAUCUCUGUUUAUAAAACUACGUUACAAAUAAAA